AUGAGAACAAAGACAAAGAGAAAUACAAAUGGUCAAUUGUUUGAUGAAGCAAUGGUGAUGAAUAAUUACACUACUAAGAAUCCUAAUCCUUUUGGAAGAGAGUAUAUGGUUGAGAAGUUCAACAGUGCGUUCAACAUGAAUAUAACUUAUGUGGGUCCUGAGAUAUCCAUGAUCUAUGCAUCUGACGCAUGGUGGAAAGAGCAUGAAUUGCUAAGGAUGCAAAAUAACAAAGGUUUUCAACCGACAACCCCCAGAUUUUUGGGAUGUGAUGGUGCGAUUCUCACACAUUCUGCGGGCCAAAGAAGAAGAGAGUUGAUAAACGAGCGUGAAGACAGCCUUUAUGGCUCUGACACUGAUAGUGGAAGAUUUGGUGGCACGUCACGACCUUCUACUGGUGGUGAUCGGAGAAGACAAUCGUUUGAAACAACUAUACAAGACACCAUAGCUGGAUGUACAGAGUUUCAACGACAAAGUUUGCAACAACUUUGCCUAGGUGCUUUUGACCAAAAUGACUACGACGAGUGA